AUGUCGGCCGUCGGGCAGGAUGAAAACAGCAAAGAGCUUUGUGCCGUUAUCAGAUUCCCAUAUGGUGAUCAUGGUGCUGUUCGGCUGGUAAUUGAGCAACUAUGUCGUUCUGGGUUGUGUGAACAACCAGUCGGCGUGUAUGAAGUAUUGAGAUAUCCCGCAAAUAGGAUCAUGGGAGGCGGCAGUGGACAGCCACCGAACGCCGCAAAUCGGGUGAUUGUGACCGACCUGUCCGGGCAGUGUGGUCUGGAUAACCACACUCGCGCAGAGACUUCACAAUCAGCCUUGUCAAUUAUGUCUGCAGACAAUCUGUCCCUUGUUGCCUCAGAGGUCCCAACACGUGUCACGGGGGGAUUCGAGUCUGGGCCCAUGCCUGCGUCUGCAGCAGCGGAAGAUGCGACGGUCUGGUUGCCUUCUGGCUCUCGAAUCUUGAGCAAGGAGAUCAUCGAGGACAUGCGUCUGCCACUUCUCUACCUCGAUGUCCGGGGUCGAGACCGUCCUUUCAUGGCCCUGGUGGAUACGGGAGCCCAAUACACAGUGGCCCGUGAGUCGAUUGCGCGACGAGGAAAUGCGUGCGUUUGCAAGCUAGAUUGCCCGCAGCGGCUGCGCGCGGCCUUUGGCCAAACAGUAUUCAGCACGGAAUUUGCCUUUCUCGAGCUGCGUAGGCAGGGGGGACAACACAGCGCUCAAUGGACAAAAGUUUUUCUGCUGGAUGACGGGCUUGUCCCUUUUGUCGAUGCGUAUCUGGGCCGCAGAGAUGCAAUGAGGCUCGGCUUCACAAUGUAUUGGCGUCAAGCAGAAUGCAGCGACGCGAGAGAUGACCGGUCAGGGAGGAUAUCUGCUCAUAGGCUGUGA